CACACUUUCUUCGACACAACACCUGCAACCCGCCGGGCAUUGACCUGUCGCCGUCUAAUUUACGUAUAACCGAUUCUGAUCUUCUUCACCAUCACAUUGUCUCUCUGUCAUCACGAACCAUGACCGACGCCAUGGACAUCACUUCACCAGAGCCGUCGCGUAAACGCUCUCUACCCGACGACGACCAGACCUCCGUGUCCAAGUCAGAGAGUCAGGUACCGACACCGCCGCUCACCGCUAGUCCCGCCAACCAGGACACAAUUCGUCGAGCCAGUCCUGCUCCAAGCAGUUCGGCCCUGAGCAGUGCUGCAUCGGCAGCUGGCGAUCAACCUGCAGACCCCAAUGCUCCGCCAAAGAAAAGAGUAAAGCUCACACCUGCUGAGAAAGAAGAGAAGCGUUUGAAGAAGGAAGAGAGCGACAAGGUCAAGGCCGAGGCCAAGCUCAAAAGAGAAGAGGAGAAGCAAAAGAAGGACGAGGAAAGACGUCGCAAAAAUGAGGAGAAGGAAGCAAAGCAAAGGGAGAAGGACUUGAAGAAAGCGAAAGAGGAGGAAGAGAAGUUGAAGAAAGCAAAGGCGCAACCCAAAAUCGCGUCCUUUUUCAAGAUGCCUUCCUCGCAGAAGUCUCCAGCAACCCCUACAAAAGUCCCGCCUACUCCUGUCAGACAGGAAAGCACUGCAUCGCAACCUCCCGAAUCCUCCGAUGUUCCCAUGACAUCUCCCACACCUCAAACGUCACCGAAACAGACUGAUUACCAGAAGAUGUUCCUGGCCUUUCAGUUGAAGGCUCAUACUAAAUGUGCCCCUCAACUGCCGUUGCUUAACGCCGGUGAGCUCGAGUCUUCACACAAAGAGAUGGACAAGCUUCUACAACGCAUCUCCAAGAAGGAACGCUCCGCCAUGUCGCCCGCUUCCUCUCUACAGUCUCUCUUCUCCAAGGAGCGAACGCGUUCACGUGGACUCUGGCAACCAACUGCACGUGAGGUCAUCGAGUCAUUACAAGGCUCGUCACAAGCUCCCAUUGACUUGACCGACGAAUCGGGCGAGCACUAUCGUCCCACAGACCUUCUCGACUCUUUGAUUGUCCGCCAUCUCCACUUCGGCGAGGACGUGAGACCGGCGUACUUCGGUACCUACUCACGGAAGGUCUCUUCGACAAACGCUACUAAGCUACGCAAGAACCCGUUCAGCAAGCUCCGCCAGGACACUGACUACGACUAUGACUCGGAAGCAGAAUGGGAAGAGCCUGAGGAGGGUGAAGAUAUUGGCUCUGAUGGCGAGGAAGAUGAAGAGAGUGUGGGUGAUGCCGAAGAGAUGGAUGAGUUCCUGGACGAUGAUGCUGCCGACAACAAGAGGCACAUGAUCACCGGCGACCUUAAGCCUGUCAGCACAGGUCUUUGCUGGGAAAACGCUCAGGGCGUAGUCGUUCCAUCGACUGAGGAGUCACCUGUCGAUCUCGACAGCAUGAAGAUCGACUUCCUCAUCCCUCUCACUCAACCAUCCAUCAAUCCCUUCUCGACUGCUUACUGGCAGACUCCACUAACAUCAGCCGUUGUGGCUUCCAAAGUCAUCGGUGCUCAGACGCAGUUGGAUGGCAAGAUGAAACCACCCAAGCUCCCUCUGAUGCAAAGAUCGAACACCAACGACACCAUGACCAUCGUCGGUGCCUCAACUGGCAUGAAGGGGCCCAUCAUGAGCGUGAUCUCUGGCAAGGCCGCAAAACCAGCCCCUAAGCCUCUACAAGGCUCAGACCUGGCAGAGUUUAAGGAAGCUGUCGACGGCAGCAAUCUCAACAAGAUCGAGCUCUCGAAGGCUCUGAAGAAGAGAUUCCCAAAACACACCAACGAUACCAUCAAGGCAACCUUGUCAAGUUGCUUCGCCCGAGUCGGUCAACACGAAGCCGACAAAGUCUGGAAAGCCGUUGCUUCAUGAACUACCAUACCCCUAUAACGACCUUUUGCUCAUCGCCUUUCUUUGCUUUUCUCUUCUUCUUCAACGACACAUUACAAUGCCGCAUUUGCUUUUAACACUGGAGCGUUGUUUUUGGAGCGACAUACCUGUAUCGAGACGGUAUACUUUGUUUACUGGUUGGUGUACUGGUACGAGGACUGUCACCAUCCACUAAGAGGCCGAAUUCACUGCUCGAGCUUUCUGACCGAUUCCGACACACCUGUUAUGGGCAUGUCGAGAGGUUAUUGUUACUCAUUCGAUGGCUGUUUGUGGAACGGACAAGGGACCAAGUUAGUUUCCGAUAGCAUGCUCUCUGGGAAAGCAUGUUCAUAGACGAUCACAUAAUUCAAAGUGCUCACAACCCU